GUUUUGUUUUGAUCAAAAUUUCUUUUUGUGCUUCAAAAACAAAACAUUUCUUCUUCUAUCUUCCAUCCUGUCAGCUUUAAUAUAUAAUGAAAAAAUCUGAUCCUUUUGAAGUCGAGCCUUUACCUAAAGCCUUUUAUUAUCCGUCAAAAGAGAAAGAACUAAGUAAGAAAGAGAAAAAGGUAUGUCUGUCUGCCCCGUACACCUCAAAAGACACACAACAUCAAGUGUCAAGUCCAGAAGAUCUAAAAUUCCUCAAGGAGACUAACACCCUUAGGACUGCACAAGAAAUCCCCACAAGAGAGAAUGGGUCCACAGCCGAUCUAUCAUCUACAUCACAGUUUAAUGAGUCCUGGCCAAGCACUGAGCGGACUGGUUCACUUGGCACCCCCCUGUCUGAUGGAACAGUGUCAUCACCAGAGAUGUCACAACAAAUGAGAGAAUGGCUGGAAGGACAAGAAAAACCAGUUGGAAACUCUACUCUUGGCUGGUACAUCAAUAGAUUCCGAAACGCACCCCCAACUGAUCGGCAGAAGCGUGACCAAGCGUCUUUCAUCAGCAAGAAGAAACCUAACUUCUGGUGGCUGUCCCCUCCUAGUGGACCCUCAACCCCCAGUGGACAGUCCACUCCUGUUCCUGGCCAUACUCCUCCACAAAAGCUCCCUUUAUCUCCAAUGAAACCUCCUUCACCAACCACUAUGAAGAGAGAUAGGUAUACAAGUGCAAUGUCUUCACCCUCAUCUGUUCAUGUGGAUGACGGAACCACUGCAGAAUUGGACAGAAGAGCCAAAGAGUUAUUAGAGAAAAGUGAGACAUCCGUUGAAACUAUUUCAACUGAGCCUUUCCCCCUUCCAUUAAAAAAACCUGCUGAGCACAAACCUGCCCAACACAUGGCAGGGCUGAGUGGCUACAAAUUAUCUCCUCAGAAAACCAAGAUACCCACUGCAGAAAGAUCUGAACCUAUCAGCCAUCAAAAUCCCUGGCCAGAAGAUGAUAUACUAUAUCAGUGGCGUCUGGCCAGGAGAAUGGAAAAGGCUCAAGAAAAAGUGUCAGGACUUGGUGUUAGAGUCCAUGUCAAGAAGACUGAUCCAUAUAAUAUUAGGAGGCCUGUUGAUGUAACUCAUAGGGCUUCCUCACAGCCAUUUAGUAUCACUUUACCUGGUCUUAAUACCUUCGAUGACGUUUUACCAGGCCCCUCAGGGGUAUCAACACUUCCUGGUCAACCUAGACCAGAAGUAACACCACAAGUCUUUUCAUCUACUGCUGUACAAACACCAUCAGUAACCACAACUGCUUCUAGCAACAUGGAUGAUACUAUACGUGGAUCACAUGCUCCUGUUUCUAUGGUUACCAGCUAUGGCACUAGUACUCGGUCCAUAGUAACACCUGUUAUCUCACGACCUUGUCAGCAUCUAGAGUCAAAUGUAGAUGAAAGGGAAGCAAAUAUUUAUCAGGAUAAACUAUGGCCACAUAUGCAUCUAGCAUGUGACAUACUACCUUGUCAGUGCACAGGUGAUGCUAAAAUGCAUCAUCAUCAUCAUCAUCAAAAACAUGAAAAACAUAAAAUAAAUGAAGAUAGGGCAUCAACUAAUGGAUUAGCCAGUGAUGUAAAUGAUCAUGUUAAACAACAAAAUGAUGAAGAAAAAGAAACUGAUAUUCCACAAAAUGAAAUCCCACAAUGCAAGAAAAGCCACUUUAAAUCUGCUCUGUCCAAGAAGACCACUGAUUCAAACAGAGAAGAAAACCAGGAAAAUAAAAAGACUUCAUCAUCUUUAGAAGAUUUGUCAAGUAGCACAGAAACUGAAAGUGAAAGAGAAACAAGAAUACCAAGAAGGAAGGGGAAAUUAAAGCAGGUGGACAAUAAAGAGAAAAGAAAAGAAAACAAGACAUCUGAAAUGGUCCAAAAUGUUAUUGGGAAGGUAAUAUCUGAACACAUGUUCUCUGGUUCAUCAUCAACUAGUGAUAAUGAGGAGAAGAGAACAACAGGACUAGAAGGCAGUGGAACUAACGAGAAGUCAACUAGUGAUAAUGAGGAGAAGAGAACAACAGGACUAGAAGCCAGUGGAACUAACGAGAAGUCAAAACACCCAACAUUUACUCUAGAUCAAGCUGACAGUUCAGAGGAAGAGUUUUCAAAUGAUGAAAUCUUGAAAAUCCUGAGGCAAAGAUCAAAAGAUCUCAAGAAAGAACUGAGAAGGAUUGACAACCUUCUCGAAGAGGAAUCCUAAUGAAUAAAAUUUAAUAUUUACACUCAUUGAAUAUUUCUAGUUAUAUUUUGUGAUAUUAUAAAAAAUAUGAUAGAAAAUUACUUAGAAUUAGUACUCCAUGGGAACAGUUAAUAAGAGAAAGAACAUAUUAUGUUUUAAAUAAAAUAUUUAGUAUUUAGUCUUGUGCUAGUUCACUGAUAUAUGGUUUACACUGUAGUAGACAGUCUAAUCUCAUUGUUUUAUUCGUUUUUCACUUUGACUGUUAGUCACUAAUCAUACAACUUUGUUUGACAGACCAAUUUAAAUCACUCUAUAUUGAAUGUGAAUGAAAACUCAAACAAAGAUUCUCUAGGGAAUGACACAUGGUCUAAAGUAGGAAAGACAGUGAAUAUGAUAUCCUAACAUUGAAUCUAUUCUGUGUCCCGGUCUUGGUUUGUGUUUGAAAUUUAGAUGUUUUGGCUAUUGCUAGAACAUACUGUAUUAAUACACUAUGAUAUAGAGGAUAUUAC